UUUGGGGUACUCAAAAAGCUUAAAUAUAACAAAGAUGAAAGUGCUUAUCUUUAGAAUCAUAAUUAAAGUUCUUUUUUCCCAUGUAAGAUACAUAUAAAAAAUGUAACUUCUCCCUGUAUAACUGAUUUCUCAAAAAAAGUACUUUUCUGCUUUCCUAAGAUGGUAACCACCCACCACUCAGCCUGUGUAGUAGCAAUCGUAAAGGUAUUGCAGAGUGAUAAUAUUAUAUAGGUCAUAAUUUUUACCAAAAAGCUGAUUUUGGUCUCGACCAUUAUGAAAAUAAAUGUGGCUAAAUCGAGGGCUGAAAAUAUUGCCAUUUAUGAGCCACUCACUUUCCUUAAGGUAAUAUCCUAGGUCUCCUAAGGUAAUAUCCUAGGUAUUUAAUGUAUCAUAAUUCACACAACCCCCAUAUUAUUAUUGUAUGAAUGUUAUGAAACUGGAAACAGAGACAGAGAGAGUCACACAACCAGUAAGUUUAAGAAUAGGAAUCAGAAUGGAGUCAUUUCCAAUAUUGAGCUGGUGUUCUCCUCUCAACUUUCUAGUGAUGACUGAAAUUUAAGAGUUUCAAACACCUCACAGAGAAGUGAUACUUGAGAUUAGCGUCUGGUAAGGUUUAUUUAAUCGCAAAAAUAAUGAGAAAGAGAAGUGAAUUAAGUAUCAAACUUGAAGACAUAUAAAUUUGUUAUCCAGCAAAAUACUAAUACACUGGUAUUAUAAAAUAUUAAGAGCAUUUUCAAAUGUAGCUAAUGAGAGUCAGGGGGAAGAAAUUACUUCCCGAGAUUCUGAAUUUAAGAAAACGCUGAACUGAAGGUCGACAAUGAUUAUUAUUAUGUACAAAAGAGACCUCAUGUGAAGUUUUGAAGAUCCAUAGAGCUACAAAUAUGUACAAAUAGAAUCAAACGCUGUGAAUGAAAGACAAGUUGUUAAAACUCACGGAAUUGUACUUACACAUUCAGCCACCGGAUGUCGCUGUCUUCCACAAAAUUUUUUUUGGAACAAAGGCAUAAUCCUGUUUCUCGAGGACUAGAAAGGAACUACAUUCGCAGAUCUCGGCCGUUUCCAUAAAAGUGGAUGUAAGAAAUCGAAUAGGAAAAUUCAGACAGCAGUUGUUCUAGACCGCUGAUUCAUCAAUUUGUAAAUCGGCAGAAAGGUAUGAUGUUGGUCUACAGACCCAGGGGGCCAAGAGACUGGCGCCUGCUUCUCUUGCUUCUGCUCGUCGCAGCCUGGAAGGCGGGGAGCGGUCAGGUCCACUACUCGGUCCCGGAGGAGGCCAAACACGGCACCUUCGUGGGCCGCAUCGCGCAGGACCUGGGGCUGGAGCUGGCGGAGCUGGUGCCGCGGUUUUUCCGAGUGGAGUCCAAAGGUCGCGGGGAUCUUCUGGAGGUAAAUCUGCAGAAUGGUAUUUUGUUUGUGAAUGCUCGGAUCGACCGGGAGGAGUUGUGCGGGCGGAACGCAGAGUGUAGCAUCCACCUGGAGGUGAUCGUGGACAGGCCGCUGCAGGUUUUCCAUGUGGAGGUGGAGGUGAAGGACAUUAACGACAACCCACCAGUCUUCUCCGUCUCAGAACAAAAGCUUUCAAUACCCGAAUCUCGACUGCUUGACUCUCGAUUUCCGCUAGAAGGCGCAUCUGAUGCUGAUGUUGGAGAGAAUGCAGUGCUUACUUACAGACUCAGUCCAAAUGAGUUUUUCAUUCUUGAUAUUAUAAACAAAAAAGACAAAGGCAAAUUUCCAGUGCUUGUUCUAGGAAAAAUGCUGGAUCGUGAAGAAAAUCCUCAGCUUCAGUUAUUAUUAACGGCAACCGAUGGAGGCAAACCCGAAUAUACUGGAUCUGUUACUCUGCUGAUCUUGGUGUUGGAUGCCAAUGAUAAUGCGCCUAUGUGUGACCGAUCCGUUUAUGAAGUUAAAAUGUAUGAAAAUUCAGCGAACCAAACGUUAGUAAUAUGGCUCAAUGCGUCUGAUGCGGAUGAAGGAAUAAACAAAGAAAUGAUAUAUUCAUUUAGUGCUUUGGUUCCAUCCAGCGUAAGAAGGAAAUUUCUAAUGAAUGAAAAAACGGGAGAAAUACGAAUAAAUGAUGCUAUUGACUUUGAGGAUAGUAACACUUAUGAAAUUCAUGUAGAUGUGACAGAUACAGGAAACCCACCUAUGGUUGGUCACUGCACUGUCUUAGUGGAAAUUCUGGAUGAAAAUGAUAAUUCACCUGAGGUGGUUAUCACUUCUUUGGCUCUUCCGGUACAAGAAGAUGCUCAGGUGGGCACUGUCAUCGCCCUGAUCAGCGUGUCCGACCGUGAUUCUGGAGCUAAUGGCCAGGUGACCUGCACACUGUCGCCCCAUGUCCCCUUCAAGCUGGUGUCCACCUUCAAGAAUUACUAUUCGCUGGUGCUGGACAGCGCCCUGGACCGCGAGAACGUGUCGGACUAUGCUCUAGUAGUGACAGCACGGGACGGGGGCGCGCCUUCGCUGUCGGCCACGGCCAGCGUGUCCGUGGAAGUGGCCGACGUGAACGACAACGCGCCGACAUUCGCGCAGGCCGAGUACACGGUGUUCGUGAAGGAGAACAACCCUCCCGGCUGCCACAUCUUCACGGUGUCCGCGCGGGACGCGGACGCGCAGGAGAACGCGCUGGUGUCCUACUCGCUGGUGGAGCGGCGGGUGGGCGAGCGUGCGCUGUCGAGCUACGUGUCGGUGCACGCGGAGAGCGGCAAGGUGUACGCGCUGCAGCCGCUGGACCACGAGGAGCUGGAGCUGCUGCAGUUCCAAGUGAGCGCGCGCGACGCGGGCGUGCCUCCGCUGGGCAGCAACGUGACGCUGCAGGUGUUCGUGCUGGACGAGAACGACAACGCGCCCGCGCUGCUGCCGCUGCCUGGGGCGGGCGGCGCGGGCGGCGCGGUGAGCGAGCUGGUGUGGCGGUCGGUGGGCGCGGGCCACGUGGUGGCGAAGGUGCGCGCGGUGGACGCCGACUCGGGCUACAACGCGUGGCUGUCGUACGAGCUGCAGCCGGCGGCGGGUGGCGCGCGCAGCCCGUUCCGCGUGGCGCUGUACACGGGCGAGAUCAGCACGACGCGCAGCCUGGACGAGGCGGACUCGCCGCGCCAGCGCCUGCUGGUGCUGGUGAGGGACCACGGCGAGCCGGCGCUGACGGCCACGGCCACCGUGCUGCUGUCGCUGGUGGAGAGCGGCCAGGCGCCCAAGGCCUCGUCGCGGGUGUUGGCGGGCGCCGCCGGCGCGGAGACGGCGCUGGUGGAUGUCAACGUGUACCUGAUCAUCGCCAUCUGCGCGGUGUCCAGCCUGUUGGUGCUCACGCUGCUGCUGUACGUGGCGCUGCGGUGCUCGGCGCCGCCCAGCGAGGGCGCGUGCGGGCCGGGGAAGCCCACGCUGGUGUGUUCCAGCGCGGUGGGGAGCUGGUCGUACUCGCAGCAGAGGCGGCAGAGGUGUGCUCUGGGGAGGGUCCGCCCAAGACCGACCUUAUGGCUUUUAGUCCCAGCCUUACCCCGUGUCCAGUACCAGAUGUGCAAAGGGAAGAACAGUCUAGUGGAGAGGACUACUCAAGGAAGGUGA